GUAAGCGUCUCAGAUUGACAUCCUAAUAUUUGGAGAAGAAUGGAGGAGAAAGCUGCCUCAUGUCGCCAAGGAGCGGUGAGCUGGUACAUAAGAGUCUCCAGACUGGCUUUGGCCGUGGCUGUUAUUAAGUCCAGACCAUCAGGAGGAGCCAGACAGUUCGCUGAAUCUCUGGCUGAUCGACUCCGACUGCAGGAUGAAAGCUGGAGGUCUAAAGCUCAAGGUCUUCAUGACGAUCUGCUGCAUCUCAGACAAGAGCUGCUGCUCACGCGCUUAAUGUUCAAGACGAGGAGCAACACUGAGCCAGGCCAAGGUCAAGAGAUUGCCAAAGUACUCUCUCAGGAUGACCCGCAGCAGUUAAAAGGUGACUCUGGCUGUGACACUGAUAACAGCUCGCAGACACAUAUAAACAUUGCUAAGGGACCAUGUUUGCCUCCAACCCCUCCAAACAGUCAGAACUUUCCCCUCCAGGAUAGACAGUGGCGCCAGGACCACAGGCUUUUGAAACACAUGCAGUUCCUACAGUGCCUGAGUGGCUUGCGCAGAGUUUGUGAGUCUUCUCUGUGUCGUGAUGGUGACGUGGUCUGGGAUUCAGUGGUGCAGCUGCUGGAUUCGGUGGUGGAGGUUUUUAGGCAGGCACAUGUUGGACAGCCUCUACUUCACCCAGAGCAGCUGCAUCAUGCCACACAGGUGGUGGCACAGACCCUGAGUCGAGGAGGAACUCGUCAUGGGUGUUCAGUGCAGCAUUUUAGCAAAGUGGAAAAUCUGCUGAAGGAGAUGAUCAGCCUACUACUAACCAACCAGCAACUCCAUGCGGUCUCAGUCCAUGAAGUGCUGUCAGAGUGUCUGCUGGCUCUGGGAGGAAGUUGUGUCCUGAGAACUCCAUUUAUUCAACUCCUGAUGUCUGAGAUCCUUCAGCUAGCACAGCAGCUAUGGGAAACCUGUGAGAGGUCCAGAGAGGAGCUGCAGCAUCCGAUGGACUGGAUCCACUAUCAGAAUUCCUUCUAUGUGUUUUGGCUACUGGAACAACUUGCACAGAACACUAAUUGUAAUGUAAAUCAGGAGCUUGUGAUCGACCUGGAAACUAAAGCGUUCACUCUCGCAGAUGAGUUUCCCCUGUUCUCUCUGUAUAUGUGGCGGAUCUGUGGCCUCUUCAGGGUGGGACACCAGUGAGCCAACAUGGGCUGCUGUCAUUCCAAAUCUUUGCUCCUUUUUAAGAGCUCACUUGACUGUCUUGUCUUAAAACAAUAUGAAUUAACUGUU